AUGGAGUCGAACACCCACUCGGCCCCUCUCUGUGUCACCGUCAUCACCACCAUGGCCCUCACCUUUGUCGUGGAGGCUGAGUGCAGUGUGACCAAGGCGCGGUCGUCGCGACUUACGCUCCCGCACACGACAGCAUGCACACCUAUGUUCAUGCCUGUGGGUACCCAGGGCUCACUCAAGGGCCUCACGCCGCCUCAAAUGGUUCAACUCGGCUGCCAAGUCGUCCUGGGCAACACGUAUCACUUGGGCCAUCGGCCCGGUGCAGAGACCGUCGCUGCCAUGGGUGGUCUUCAUGCCUUCUCGGGCUGGCAUGGUGGCAUGCUCACAGACUCGGGUGGCUUCCAAAUGGUCUCGCUGGCAAAGCUCUCAUCCGUGAGCGAAGAAGGCGUGACCUUUGCCUCGCCUCACGAUGGCACUACCGUCUUGCUCUCGCCAGAGCUCUCCAUUGCCAUGCAGAACAACAUUGGCGCGGACAUCAUCAUGGCUCUUGACGAUGUUGUCUCUUCCCUCAUCUCGGGCCCUCGUGUUGAGGACGCCAUGCAUCGCUCCAUCCGCUGGCUUGAUCGCUGCAUCGCCGCACACGCCCGCCCGGCAGAGCAGAACCUGUUCGGCAUCAUCCAGGGCGGUCUCGAUCCGCGGCUCCGCCUCUACUGCCUCGACGCCAUGAUUGCCCGUGACACGCCGGGCUUUGCCAUCGGCGGCCUCUCGGGCGGCGAGUCCAAGGACGAGUUCUGGAAAAUGGUCCACCUCUGCACCCAGCACCUGCCGGCUGACAAGCCACGGUACCUCAUGGGCGUCGGCUAUGCCCAAGAUCUGGUCGUCUGCUCCGCCCUCGGCGUCGACAUGUUCGACUGCGUCUUCCCCACUCGCACUGCCCGCUUCGGCAAGGCGCUUGUCCGCGAGGGCGAGCUCGCCCUCAAGCACAAGCGCUUCGCUACCGACCUCAGCCCCAUCGACGCAGACUGCGGCUGCUAUGUGUGCAAGACCUUUACCCGCGCCUACCUCCACGCCGUGGUCAAGUCACACACCGGCGCCCAGCUCAUCUCCUACCACAACAUUGCCUUCCAGCUCCGCCUCAUGGCCGACAUCCGCGCCGCCAUCGAGGCCGACGCCCUUCCGGGCUUUGUCACUGCGUACAUGCAGACUCGCUUCGGGCCAAACGUGCCGCAGUGGAUUGUCGACGCUCUCUUUGCCGUCGGCAUCGAGCUCGACUUUGCCACUGCCACGCCCGUCGCCUGGCCGCUCCCGGUCGCUGCGGACUUUGCCGCGGUCGUCGCCUCCGAGCCCGGCCCGCCCGUCGCCGUCGACCCUGCCGACGACGGCCUUGCCGCCAUGGACCUGUAA